AACAGUUAAUAGUUCCUCUAAUUAUUUUAACAUUUCAUAGUUCCUCUAAUUAUUUUGCUAUGAAAUGCUAACCUGUACUUGACGUUCUUUCUCCUACGUUUACUUUGUCUGUCGGAACAUUGGAUGAACGUGUGUAACGUGUCCGAUUGCGAACGUAUUAUAAAAGAAAUGCAUGUGGAAAGUGUAUUAUAACUAGAUAGAAACAAGUAUAUUUAACGUUUAUUGCAUUAAAUGGAAAAAAGUUUAUUUUGAAAAUAAACUUGUAACCUUAAACGUCGGUGUAUGAACAUUCGUAAUCUGAAAAGGUUAUGUUAUGACGCCGCUGCAUCGUUUUGAUAGACGAUUAAUCGCGAAGUAAAUAGUAUUGGAAUAAAACGAGAGAAGUUUCCGAAGUCAUUUAUUAAAACGUACAAAGAUGCCCACUUGGAAUCAGAUUCAAGCGCAACUUCGAAAUCCGAAUAAUCCGGUGGUAUUUUUCGACGUGUCCGUCGGUACCACAGAAAUCGGGCGGAUGAUCUUCGAGCUCUUUGAGGAUGUUUGUCCAAAAACAUCAGAGAACUUUCGACAAUUCUGCACGGGAGAGUACAGAAAAGACGGUGUGCCAUUGGGUUUCAAAGGUGCUAUAUUUCAUCGAGUGAUCAAGGAUUUCAUGAUCCAGGGCGGCGAUUUCGUAAACGGUGACGGUACUGGAGUCAUAAGCAUUUACGGCGGUGGUACCUUCCCUGACGAAAAUUUCACAUUAAAACACGACUCACCUGGGCUAUUAUCCAUGGCCAAUAGCGGUAAAGAUACUAACGGUUGCCAGUUUUUCAUCACGUGUGCCAAGUGUAAUUUCUUGGACGGUAAACACGUCGUUUUUGGAAGAGUUAUCGAUGGACUUUUGGUUAUGAGGAAGGUGGAAAAUGUUCCCACGGGGCCAAAUAAUAAACCAAAAAUACCUGUGACAAUAUCUCAAUGCGGACAAAUGUAAUAGCUAAACGAUUGUAAUUUAUAUUUUUAUAUUGUAAACUAGAUAUAAAGUACCACGAAAAGCGUGUUAUAUUUGUCGUAAUUAAAGAGGCACAUUUUAAAAAAUCGAAUUCCUUUUUACUACU